GGCUCGAAUCAUGUAGCAGAACCUGCCGAGCAGCAGGUCACCUCAGCUUUUGCCACUGUGUUCCAACAAGUUUGAACAGAUCUGGUAAAGAGCUGGUCCAGUCUGAGUCUGACCAAGACCAGUAUGAAGAAAGGAAGUUCUAUCAGUCCUGAUCCAGGACUGGAGCUAAGGAGGACAGAAAACCACAGAUCACAGGCCCCACCAGGUCCUUCAGAAUGCAUAUCCAAAGGCCCUGAAGCGGAGAAAGCAGCAUCUCGGUGGACAUCUCAGUGGAGCUCGUACUCACGAAGACGCUGGAUGCAAAAGAGAAAGCUUGCAGGAAUUCAGGUUGAGACAAAAUACAGAGGUUUGGCUGAAGAUGAGGGGGGUGGAGAGCAGAUAGAUGAGACCGACACCACCAAUGAGAAACAGUUGUUAAAUAAAAAACUGCUGGACCACUUUAGGCACCUUGCUGCAACCAACCAGGACACUGACCAGGUUGAUCUCCAGCUUCUGGAUGGACUGAUCUCAGAUGGUGCAGAUCCAAACAGCUCAGACAGAUAUGGACAAACUGUCCUGCAUGAGAUAUGCAGAUUGUGGAGUGUGGACGUGAUGCGUUUCUUUUUGGACCGGGGAGCAGACCUGCUCUGCUCUGACCAGUUUGGAGUCACUGCUCUGCAUGUGGCUUCUGCACUGGAUUACCAGGACAUGGUCCAGUUCCUAAUAAGCCAAAAAGCUGAUAAAGAUGCUCGGACACUUUUGGACUGCCAGACGCCGCUCCACUAUGCUGCAAAGAAUGAUGCUGUCGGUGCCAUAAGACUGUUGCUGCAAGCCGGCGCCUCUAGCAGCUGUACAGAUUACAAAAAUAGGACUCCUUUGCACCUGGCAGCAAACAUGGAGCGCAGUGAAGCAGCGAGGGUCCUGCUGGAACUGGGAGCAGAGGCAGGAGUGAAGGACUCUGACGGACAGCUGUGUAUAACUGCUCUGAUUGGGCAAAUGAGUCCUGUUGCUCAUUUGGCGCUUGAUCAGUUCCAUGUGACAGACAAAGUUACAAGGCAGCAGUAUUUCUACCUGAACCUGCUGCAACCAGAACCAAGGUUCCCCGAAGACAACCUACAGGAAAACAGUGAUGAGACUUGUGGGCCGCCAUCUGCACUGGAAGAGGUGGUUCAGGAAGGGAAGCUGGACCUCAUCAUGCAUCCAGUUGUCAUCAAGCUCAUUCAGAUCAAAUGGAAACUCUAUGGCAGGUUUGGGGCGUGGCUUCUACUCAUUUUAAACUUUCUGUUUAACGUCGCCUGGACAACUGUUGCUAUUUCAGUGUCUGUCCACCGAGAUGAGCCUGACCGCUACAUCUUUCCCCAGGAUUGGUGGCGUGUCCUCCUGGUGGUGCUUGCGCUCCUGUUGACAGCAGAGGAAGUCUUCAGGGAGUUGCAGGACAUCCUGCGUUCCAGGAGGAGGCUGCGUCUCAGGCGGCGCUGGAUGGAGCGUCGUCUCUGUGAUGACUUGGACUUUUCUCAUCCUAUGUGGCCACAGGAGAAAAGUUUCCUUCUGGAUCAAAUCACAAAAGUUCGUAGGAUGAGAGGAAGUUACAGCCGGGAUCUGUGGAACGUCUUUGAUUGGUUGGUUUACUGUCUGCUGGCAGCGUCCUUUUGUGUCCACAUGACGGAUGUUUUUCAUCCCUCCGACCAUCUGCACGCACUCAGUCUGAGGCUCUUCUCUGUAUCCAUCAUUUUCCUCUGGCUGCGUCUCAUGAAGCACGUCAGAGCCUUCAGGCUCAUGGGGCCUUUCAUUGUCAUGUUGGGAAAUAUCAUAGGGGAUGUGAUGUGUUUCCUGUUCCUGUAUGCUGAGAUCUUUAUCCCGUACGCCUGCAGCUUCUGGAUCAUAUUUGGAGGCUCAUCCUCUGUUCCCAGCAUGAAGACUGUUCCCGGCUUGCUCUAUAGUCUGUAUCGAAUCACUCUGGUGGACGAAUAUGAGUACGCUGCCAUGGUAACGAUGGAUGAAGUUAUGGCUCCUCUGCUGUGCGGAACUUUUCUGGCUGCAUCCUCAAUCCUGUGUGUCAACCUGCUGAUUGCACUACUCACAGACACAUUUCAAAGGGUGCACGAUAACUCGCAAGCCAAUGCUGUGAUGCAGCAGGCUGCAGUGGUCCUGCAGGUGGGCUCCAUGACUUUCCUCCGCCGCUUCUAUGAUGAGCGGUACAUUUCCAAAUACUGCUCGCCAUUGGCUGACAACAUCACAGCAGUCUCUGGCUUUUAUUAUGAAACUAAAGACAUUAAGACACAGAUCAAAGAAACUCUGGAUCAGAUCCUGGUUCUGCAGAAGGACACUUGGGAAGCUGAACCUUCAAGCGACCGGCAGGGACAGGAUCAGCAAAACCUGGGUCAGCUGAAUCAAAGCCAAAGGUUUCAGGACAAGGAUCUGCCCCAACAAGAGCUAAUGGAACCUAAUGAGGAGAACCAGAAGCUUCACAAGCAAGAACUUCAAGCCAUUCGAGAAGAGCUGAAGGAACUGCGGACUCUGAUGCAAGACCUGGUUCAGAAGAGGACAGACUUUUUUUAAGACAGCACAGAGACCAGAUCAGACCAGGACUGGGGAAGGAAACCUAGUAUUGUCCUUUUUUUAGUAUUAUUUUAUCUGAUGAUUUUGCUUUUUUCUCUCCUGAUGUGUAUGUUCUAUGACCAAUGGCACAACACACCAUGUGAAAACUGGUACCAACAGAAAGAAAGGGAAGAUGAUUAGUAGAAGCAUGGGAAGACAAAUGCCUGAAUCAAUUCAGUUUGAUGACAAAAUUACUCCAGCCUCUCAGCAAAACCUCCAGGUUAUGAUAAUUUAUGCUUUUUUGAUGGGAAACAUGCCCCUUCAUGUUUUGGUCUGCUUGCCCAUCUAUUUGUUCUGAGUUGGUUUCUGGACUAAGCCAUGUUUGAAAGAAGCCAAAUCCUGCUCGGCUGUUUUUAGAAUUUGGACUUAAAGACUGCUGAGUCAGCAUUGCUGUUUCAACUCUAAAUUUUCAUCUUUUUUUUUAGUUUUUCAAUGCACUGCUCUAUUACCGUGUCAUUUUAUUUUUAAAUAACAAAGACAAAGUGGAGUUUUAUUAUUUUAUCAUUUCCAAUUAAUGUAAUGGUACAUUGUGAUCAAGCAACAUACGGCAUGAAGGGGUUAACCCAACAAAUUCCUAAGUGACAUUUAAAUGAUUAAGUGCAUUAGUUCACAAAACGAGUUGCACUUUUAUUAGUAUUUUGCUUAUUUGUACUCAUCCGUUAUUCAUCCAUCAAUGUAGACAGUUUUUCUGUGUCAGUCAGGCUGAGUGUAGUACAAAGUCUACAAAUGUUUAACCCUUAAACUGCGUGCUUAACCAAAUGAUAGAGCAUAUUUAGUAAACGUGUCAUUGAAAGCAUUGAUUGUGUGUAUUACUCCCCCAAGGCAAUAAGCAGCAGAAAGUGUAUUUUUUGUAACAUUACUUUAGUCUUGGUUGUAAAUGUUAAAGUGCUGUUAAGUGCUGUUCUCAUACCUGACUGCUUCAAUUAUUGCUCUGUCAUCCUCAGGGUCGAAUUUUGUGGAGGUUCUUUGCCCAAUAUAUUAAACACUAUUUAUUAAUGGUGACU